AUGGCAGAUACCGAGAACGAAAAAUCAGAUCUUAACUUAGAUGACAAAGCUUAUUGGAGAAUCAUUAGUUGCAUUCGUCAACAUAAAGAAAUAAUCGAUUUCGUCGAUCGUAUCGAAUCUAUAUAUUCAACGUAUUUUUUCCUUCAAUUAGGUUACAAUAUGAUUAAUAUGAGCAUUACGGGUACACAGAUAGUAUUAUACGCUGAUGAAAUGUUCGAAUUUAUUAGAUUAAUGCUAUUAGCGUUAGCUCAACUUCUUCAUCUGUUUUUCGAAUGUUGGCAAGCACAGCAACUAAUAGAUCAUAGUGCUCUAAUACACGAAUCUAUAUGCAAAGCUGCUUGGUAUAGAACCUCGGUGAAAUCAAAGAAGUUGAUUGGAAUAAUGUUAAUAAAAACUUUGGAGACUUCAAAACUCACGGCUGGUAAACUGCUCGUCUUAUGUUUCGAAUGUUUUGCCGCGGUCGUUAAUAAAUCAGUAUCAUAUUUUACGAUUCUUCGAACAAUGCAAUGAAAGAUAAACCUUAUGAUUCAAUGCUGGAUAAACUAAAAAAAGAAUAAUCAUGGUUAUGUAAUUAUGGUUGUCUUGAAAAUAUUAUAAAUGACAUUUUUGUUAGUUUAAUCGUAUAUCGAUCUUGUAAUAGAACUUAUAUUUUAAUAAAUAAUAACUAUA